UGUCCGGAAGGCCUGGGUGGGUCGGCUUCAGGGUGGAAAGUGGCACCGACGGGGUAUAGGAAACAAGUCUCGGAGGUAAACCUGACAGCAGGUUUAUAAAUACAAGCUGUGGAGUGCGUUCUAUUGUUAAAAAGAAAAAAUGUCUACUCUUCAAAGUUUAGAAACCAAAGGCACCCUGACUUCAGCCCCAAUCCGAGGAGCAGGAGAUGGAAUGGAAACUGAGGAGCCGCCUAAACCUGUGGAGGUCCCCUGUGGCGUGCAGACCGUCAGGCAGCAAGUUCUUCAGAGUCCACGGAAGAAAGCGGUUCCAUCGGAGAGCCCAGGAGUUCUGCAGCUAGGAAAGGUUCUCACUGAAAAAGCAGUCGAAAUCGAAGCUGUAAGAAUCUUAGUUCCCAAAGCCGCCAUCACUCACGACAUCCCCCAGAAAACUGCCAAAGUCAAGUCUGUGGGACAUCACAAAGGAGAACUCGCGAGGCAGUCCGAGAUGGUCUUAGAACCUAGCAGUGAACUUGUAGAAUUAAAGAAUGUAUUGGAAAAGCUCAGGAACUCUGAAAGGAGGUUACUGCAGGAUAAAGAAGGUCUUUCCAACCAGCUCCGCGUGCAGACAGAGGUAAAUCGUGAGUUGAAAAAGUUGCUGGUAGCUUCUGUUGGAGAUGAUCUUCAGUAUCACUUUGAACGUCUAGCCCGUGAGAAGAACCAGCUUAUUUUAGAAAAUGAAGCCCUCAGCCGAAACACAGCUCAACUCUCCGAACAGUUAGAACGCCUCUCUAUACAGUGUGAUGUGUGGCGAAGCAAAUUCCUUGCAAGCAGGGUGAUGGCGGAUGAGUUAACCAGUUCCAGAGCAGUUUUACAGCGUCAGAAUCGCGAGGCACAAAGUGCCAUUCAAGAUCUCCUAAGCGAACGGGAGCAGUUCCGGCAAGAAAUGGCCGCCACCCACAAGUUAUUGGAGGAACUCAUUAUCUCAUUACAGUGGGGAAAAGAACAAACCUACUCCCCUGGUGCACAGCUCUACAACACAACAGAACUAGCACUGACAAAUCACAGUCUGGCAAAGGCAGUAAACACUCAUCUACUGGGAAAUGUUGGCAUGAGCAGUCAAAAGAAGAUUCUGUCCUCUGUUGAGUUUUGCAGCACACCAGCUGAGAAAAUGGCCGAAAAGAUUCUACACAUUUUGGAUCCAGUUACCUGUACAGAAAGCACCCCUGAUAAUCCAUUUGCUGAGCCUUCCCCAACCACCUUGCUUGCUACAAAGAAAAAUAUUGGAAGAUAUCAUCCCUAUACCAGAUAUGAAAAUAUAACUUUCAAUUGCUGCAAUCACUGCCAGGGAGAGCUUAUUGCCCUUUAACAUUCUGUAUGUUGAAGGCAUGGUGCAAGCACUUGUAUAUUACCCAACAGUUAUCAUCUGGGGCCUGGGGUUCUUAUAAUGCUAAAAGUAGUAUCAUUCCCUAAUUGCAUUAUUCCCAAAGAUACUCCAUGUACUGGAUUCCAGAUUACCCUUUCUUAAUAAAUAUCUCAGGGCAAGAAAAGAAUGAAAGUGUGAAAACAGAAAAUACUUUCUAGGAAACAGCAAUGCUUUUCAUAAAGGACUAUAAAAGAAAAAUAUUUGUAAAUUUGUUUUAGGCCGUAAAUUAUUUUUUUAAUUUAACUAAUUUAUUUGAAAGGCAGAGAGAGAGAGAGAGAGAGACACCUUCCACCCAGUGAUUCCCUCCCCAGAAUCCAACAGUGGCUGGCACUGAGGCAGGGCUGAAACUGAGAGCUGGCAUUCCCAUCCAGGUCUCCCACAUAGGCGUCAGCAGCCUAACCUGUUGAGCAGUUACCACUGUCUCCUGUGGUUUGUAUUAGCAGAAAGCUGCAAUUAGGAGUUGGAGCUGAGCCCCAAGCCCAAGUACCCUGAUUUAGAAUGUAAGUGUCUUCCCUACUAUGUCACAUGGCCUCUCAAGGGCCCUAAGUUAAUAUUCAUCUUUUGAACAUCUUAUAUGAGAAUGUUUAAUGGUGUGUUAAAAUAAAGAUAGCCAAAUUGCAGGCAUGGAUCGCAGGCAGCCAUACCCACUCAUUUACUGUUGUCUUUGCACUUUAGCAGUACAUUUCCGGAGUUGAGUAGAUGCGACAGUGCUUGCAUGACCUGCAAGGACUGAAAUAUUUACUAUCGGUCCUUAAUCUAAAACAUUUUCUGGCUCCCACUAUAUAGUAAUAACAGGGUUAGGGGCAUGGGCAAUUUCUUUUCAGUUUUGAGGAAGUACUAUAGGUGAAGGACAUUAUCUUUUAUAAAUAAGUGGUGUACAUUAGGAAAAACUAUAUUUUUGAGCCAAAUUAGCAAGUACUUCAACAAACCAUUUUCUCAUUUUGGUCUAAUAUGGGAAAUUCUAUAUUAUGAAUGCGUACAAUCUGACAUCUACGAAAUAAAUAUAUUGUUAACUUUGGCUCAUUUUCACAAAUACAGUGCAAAGGACUAUCCAGCGUAGUAUUUAUAAAGCAUAGUGAAGGUAGAAUCUUUAUAGAUGAUCAUCUACAAAGCAAUGCAACUUACCAAAUAUAUACUAUUGUAUGUUUAUGAUGAAACCUCUUUGAAUGCAUUUUUAUAUUGGCUUUUAAAGUAUUUUAAAAGUAUAUUUAAACCAAGUCUAAGACAUUGCUGACAGAGUGCCUAUCAGCAAAGAUAUCUGGUCCAAUAAUAUAUUUUAAAUAUGUCAAUUUAUUUUUUAUAUUACCCAUCUAAGUUACUUAUAGUUUCAAGUAUCAAUAAAUUUCUCUACCUUCUAUAUUGUGAAUAUUGUGAAAAAGAUGCAUUGAUUUAUUUAGAAAAUCAAAGUGACAGAUACAGGGAAAGAAACGUAUCUGCUGUUUGCUGAUUGAUUUACAGCCACUCUCUAGGCCAUUCCAAAACCAAGAACCCAGAACCAAGAAUACCAACCACUAGGGCCAUUGUCUGCAGUCUCUCAGGUACAUCAGCAGGAAACUAAAUUGCAAGUGGAGUAGCUGUAACUUGAGCCAAUACUGUAUUACAGGAUGCCAGCAUCACACAGGGCAGAAAGCUUAACCCACCACAUCACAUUGCUCACCACCAAUGAAUAUCCCUUUUCCUCCCCCAGGAAGGGUAUCUUUUAAUUCCAGUCUUCAUCCUGCUUAGACUGUUGGCAACUAAUUCUUUUUCAAGAGGGAAGUUGCUACACUGAAUUUCACAGUGAUUGAUUUUGACACCAGAAGCAAGUACAUUGAAAUUUUAAACACCUUUAAAACUCUUCUGCAAUAAGUCCUAGUGGAAAGAUAUCAGAAUGAGAUAAAACACAGCUCAUCAAUCUAGUGUCUAGAACAUACAAAGAAUUCUUACAGCUCAGCAACCAAAGAAGCAAAUAAAACAGUGGGCAAGACUUGAAAAGAUGGUGACUAAAAAAAUAUACAGAAGGCUACCAAACAUUUCAGAAGACUUCCAGUAUUAUUAAUUAUUAGGUAAAUGCUACUCAAUAAUACUUGGUAUCCAGCUACUAAAAAGAAAGAGCACAAACCAGGCAAGGAUAUGGAGAAAUUAGAAUCCUGUACAUUACUUGAGUGUUAUUUAAGAUGAUGCAGCAAAUCUUAAAGACAACAUGACAGUUUCUUUAAUAACCCAAGCAUACUAUUAUGCAGUAUGGCAAUUCCGCUUAUAUGCAAGUAUUCAAAAGAAAUUAGAAGCAGAAAUGAUUAUGUAUUUCUGCACCUGUGUUCUUAGCAACUUUACUCAUAAUGAUCAAAAGGUGGGAAUACUCCAAGUGACUGUGGAUGGACAAAUGGAUAAAAAAAUAAUACAUAUCCAUGCAAAGGCAAAUCAUUCAGCCUUAAGAAGAAAUGAAAUAUUAGAGCAAGCUGCAAUGUAGGUGAACCUUUAAAACAUGAUAAGUGAAAUACACAGAAAAGAAAUAUUUUUGUAUGAAUCACCUAGAAGGAUCAUAUCUGUAGACUGAAGAGUUGCUAUCAGGGACCAAGAAGAGAGCAGAGCAAGGUUUUGGUUGUAUUUUUCCAGUGGGUAAAGAGUUUGAUUUGGGAUGAUGAAAAACUUUAUGGAUG